UGAGAAUAAUUUACAUGUUACUGAUUUUUCUGCAUCAUCUUCAGCUGAUCGAUGGUGAUGUCCAUUCCAUUAGUGGCUACUUUCUUGGCUCUCAGGGUCUCAACCUGCCAGGUUACAUAGAGAGAAUCACUGUGGACGACGUGACCGUCUUUCACCACAACAGCAGCAUGAAGUCCACCCCACCGUGCCCCAAAUGGCUCAACAGCUCUGCUGGCCAGCACCACUGGAACGACAUUAGUCUCAUAUCACAGCACAACAAACAGACUAUGAAUACAAAUCUCCAAUCAGCCAUACAGCAGUUUAACCUCACAGGUUCGGUUUCAGAAGUUAACAUUUACCAAGGCUUUAGCCGGUGUGAACUCUACCCAGAUGGGACGCUCAAGGCGUUGCUAACACAUGCCUUUAAUGGAAAAGACUUCUUAAGUUUGGAUAUCGACAGAAAGACAUUUGUUGCUUCUGCACCUCAAGCUCUUUCAAUAAAAAGACAGAGAGAAAGCGACCAAAUCUUGCUCGACAUCACAGCAUCUUUCUACAAGAAGACCUGCUUUGAUCGACUGAAGAUCUUUCUAAACAAUGCUCCAGCGCUUAAAAUAAAGAAAGUUCCAGAGGUUCGGAUCAUCGAGGUCCAGAGAUCAGGAUCCACCCUGCUCACGUGUCAUGUGACCGGUUUUUACCCCCGAGCGGUGCGGGUAGAGUGGACGGGGCCAAACUUACUGCCGGUUGAUGAAGGAAUGAACGACGCGCUGCCUAAUAACGACGGGACGUAUCAGACCAGAAGAAGUGUGAUCAGACCGGAGGAGGAGACAGAAGAUCAGAUCUACAGCUGUGUGGUGCAUCACAGCAGCGUUCCAGAAAACAUCACGCUCACCUGGGAUAAGAAAGAGAAGCCGUCCACACUUGCUUACUGGAUUUUAUUACCUUUGGGAUUUUUCCUGGUCACUGCUGUUGGACUCGUAAUCAGAUGCUUCUGUAAACCCAGAGACCUGGAUAAAAUGAUUAUUUACGUUUUAUUGUUUCUCCUGCAUCCACUCCUGCUGUUUGGUGAUGACGUUUAUUCCUUAAGUGGCAACUUCAUUGGCUGUCAGGGUCUCAACCUGCCAGAUUACAUGGAGAGGGUCAGUGUAAACGACGUGACCGUAUUUUACCACGAUGACAGCAUGAAGUCCACCCCACCGUGCCCUGAAUGGCUCAACAGCACGGACGGCCAGCACCACUGGAACAACAUCAUUGCCAGGUCACACCUGAACAGACUGCGGAUGAAUACGGCUCUCCAAGCAGCCAUACAGCAGUUUAACCUCACAGGUUCGACUUCAGAAGUUAACGUUUACCAGGGCUUCUUUCGUUGCGACCUCUAUCCUAACGGGACCCGCAGUGCGCUGCUAACACACGCAUUCAAUGGAAAAGACUUCUUGAGUUUGGACAUCGACAGCAAGACCUUCGUGGCCUCGACGCCUCAAGCCGUUCCAUAUAAGAGGCACCGAGAAAGCGACCAAAUCUUGAUCGAGAUCAUAACGUCGUACUACAGGAAGACCUGCUUUGAUCGACUGAAGAUAUUUCUGGACAAUGCUCCAGCGCUUAAAAUAAAGAAAGUUCCAGAGAUCCGGAUCAUCGAGGUCCAGAGAUCAGGAUCCACUCUGCUCACGUGUCAUGUGACCAGUUUUUACCCCCGAGCGGUGCGGGUAGAGUGGUCGGGGCCGAAUUUACAGGCGGUGGAUGAAGGAAUGAACGACGCGCUGCCUAAUAAUGACGGGACGUAUCAGACCAGAAGAAGUGUGAUCAGACCGGAGGAGGAGACAGAAGAUCAGAUCUACAGCUGUGUGGUGCAUCACAGCAGCGUUCCAGGAAACAUCACGCUCACCUGGGAUAAAGAAGAGAAGUCGUCCACACUCAUUUAUUGGAUUUUAAUUCUUCUGGGAUUUUUCUUGGUCACUGCAGUCGGACUCGUAAUCAGAUGCUUCUAUAAACAUAGAGAUGCUUCCAAGAUUCAAAAAUCGCACAAGUAUGAAGAAUCAUGAGAACCCCGACCAAACACAGUCUGUGGAGAAGUUUCUUUUGAGUCACUGUACAUUUUUAUUUAUUUAUCCUGUUUUUAGCAUGAAACAUACCAGCAUAUUGUUGCACACCAGCGUUUUCCAAAUCAGGGUGACGCUUUAUGUGUCAGUUGAAGUAACAUAUGAAUGUAAACCAUUUUAUGCAUUCCUAUAGCACACCAACUCUCCAAGCUCGAAUCUCAGGUCUGCUAUCGGUCGACCGGGUGCCCCCUAGCAGCCACAACUGGUGACAAAAUCAGCCACUAGUCUGCUGGGUGGGACUUACACCAUCGGGGUCCCCAGCAGGGUAAGACUAAUCGGCUAUGCUAAAAUUGGGAGAAAAUUGCGUUCAAAAUAGCAAUAAAGAUAAAUAGGUGAUUGUUUUUUCAACCCACACUGUUAUCUAUAAACAUUAGAUGUGUGUUUUUAGGAGGACCAUUGUGACCAUCCUUAAACUUGCAUACAUUAAAAUAACAUUGUUUUUGGCUGCUCUUGUAUUUUGGGGUUGCCACAGCAGUGCAUUCUGGUCCGCAUACCUGAUUUUAUUUUUAUUAUAUUCUUUUAUUAUAUAUAUUUUUAUUAUUUAUUGUUUUAUUAUUUAUUUUUUUAGUGACAUGAUUGUUUGGGAAUCACUGUGUUACCUCACCCUUCAGCACAAUGUGAUAUAGUCAUGUAUACAUUUCAUAUUAAUGUAGUUAGUAAGAUUAUACACUCACUGAGCACUUUAUUAGGAACAUUUAUCUGGUAUACACAUUCGUUGAUUAUUUUAUAAACUAUAUCUACCCUUCAGAUGAACUUUGUGGGUAUACAAUUACUGAGUGACCUUGCUCUCCAUAUUUAUUAAGUAUAAGUGACCCCAGAUAACCUUUACUGAUAACCUCCAGAUUAUUUUAAGUGGGAUUUCUGAAUACCUCAGUGUCUAUUCUUGGAAAAGAAUAAACAGCAGCGUCCUCUGAUCAGAAAGUUUCCACUGAUAAAAGACUGGGUUAAGAUCAACACACUGGGUGGCAUGGUGGCCAAGUGGGUAGCACUGUCGCCUCACAGUAAGAAGGUCCUGGGUUCGAUCCCCAGGUGGGGCGGUCCUGGUCCUGGUCCUUUUCUAUUCCAUGUCAUCACUGUAAUAUAGUGUUCACUGGGGGUAAGUUGAUGGGUGGAGAAGGUGUACCAAACGACAGAAGGGUUACAUGUAUAGCUAGCUACAUGCUGUAGCUCAUAAAAUGGCCAAAGAAUCAACGUUUAAGACGAGUGCUCCUAAUAAAGUGCCGGUAAGUGUAUAAUAGCUCUGGAGGAAUCUGAAAUGCUCUGUGGAUAUUAUGUAUUACCUGGUUCAUCCAGUAGGAGGCAGUAAAGCCUGAGGAAACAGUGUCACAUGAUCUAAGCCUGAUCUGUUGGGUCGAUCACACAGUUUACUGUAACACUCAUCACAGAUUAUCAUCAUUGAUUAUAAUCAAAACCGAAAGUUGUCACUGAGUUGGAAUAGUUUAUGGGUCUGCUAUAUCUAGUCCACAUAUCUGGAGGUUUAAUACCGAUCAGACACGAGUUUGGUCUGAUUUCACUUGUUUAGUGGGUCGUUCUUGGUUUUCAGUUGAAUCAGGUGAUGCUUCUGGCUAGUUUCCAUUGGGUACUUUUGGUCAUAUGAGGUGCACUUGCUGUGCCAUUGUUUUGACAGAAACAAAUUAUUGUAGCUAUACAUUGUUUUAAUGUUAAUCUUUAUACGCAUGUCUCUGUUUUGUACUGUAAUAAUGGUGUGAUUGAUUUAUGACCAGUCCGUUCUGAAGUGUUCUGUUUCACAGAGGGUUUCAUCAGUGUUCGUACACCAUGUGGUGCACCACACCAUUUAAAACAAUCAUUAUUGUUUGUUUGUUUAUAAGUUUGUAUUCUUGGCAUUAUCACUGUUUUAUAAUCAGCUUCACUACAAACAUGCACUUUCAGUUGUAAUAA